AUGCAGUCUGCGGUCGGUGUCCUCGUGGCCACCCUCACCUUCAUUCUCCGCGACGCGGCCGAUCGGACGUGGCGCGGCGAGCCUUCCGCUCCUCUGGCGCCCUGCGACACGAAAGUUGAGGUGAGCUGCCCCGAGUCGGCGGUCGCGCCUGGGAUCGUCGAGGACAUCGUGAGGCGGGUGAAGGCCCAGGACUGCGUGUGUGUUGUCGAUUGCCAGUCGUACGAGAGGGACCUCAGGCUGGUCGGUGGUACGGGGCUCGUGCUGAUCGUGGGCCAGCUCUUCGCCUUCUGCGUCAUCAGUCGUUGCCCUCUCAGAUGCCUGGCCAUCAAGUACCCUGGGGGAGAUCUUUGCCACGAGAGGGUCGCGAUGGGCCCGGGGUUUCGCGCGGCCGACGGACUCGUUGGUCGGUGGUGGGUGCUUACCCCAGAUGGGGACUUUUACGAUGAGGAUAUCACGAUGGAGGGCGAGGAGGGCGAGAGUUUGAUGGUGCUCGACCUGAUGGCCAACUGCCCUGCCUCGCUUCGCGGGAAGUUCUACAGGUUCGCGGCCGACGCCUACCCCUCGUCCGACCAGAUUCGUCGGGAGGCCAAGGCCGCGGUCGCGCGGAUGCGGGGCGCGGGCCAGGAGCCGCCGCCGCUGACGCAUUUCGUGAGUGACCAGGGCCAGCUCGCCCCCUUGACAGGGGUCGGCCGCCGCCUUCGCCUCGGGGCCGCGCCCGCCGCGGGCGGCGGUGAGCCACCCGCUGCGGCCGGGGGCACGGACACCCCUCCCAUCGGCGCCGGCGCGGCCGAGGGCGAGGCGGGGUCCGUCGCGCCCUACCUGGCGGCGCUCCCUGAGAGGCCCGCGCUUCGCGACGACUGGGUCUGGAUCAUCGCGGAGAACGCUGAGGGCGCCGACGCGCUGGGCAGGGAGGUCACCCUCCAGGCUGGCGACGUCGCGGUCACCCGCACCGACGCCCUAGUCCGCCGACGCGGCGGCUUCCUGCGGGCUCGAGCCGUCGCCAGCUCCGAUAGCCUGGAGUUCGUGCGCGGGCUUAGGGCCCGCUACUCUGGCCUUGACGUCGGCGAGAGGUUCAAGGCUUGGAAGAAGGCCGCCCAGGAGAGCAGGGAGGGGCCCAUCAAGGCCAUCGAGGUCCAGGGCCCCCCUGGCGCUCUCCACCUCGCUCGCCACGUCGAGCGCUACGGCGGUGACCCGAGGCGCUGGUGGCAGGAGUUCGCGCGGAGCAACAACAUCGGGAAGAUCGACGGGGUCUUCCACUAG